CAACUAGAUUUGACCAACAGUACUCCCACUGUUGCACUAUAUAACACCACCGCCCCCCUCCACCAUUUACCAUCACCAACCGUCACAAUCCACCUCUCUCCUUCUUCCAGCUUAGGUCUUAUCGCCAACCCUUCUUUAUUUCUUUCUUUAAAGUAAUAUGGACACAAACUGCAAUGAUUCACACCUAAUCCCCAACACUUCUUCUCCUCCUCCUAUCACCACCGCUAGCGGCGGGACUGCCAGUGGGAGUCCGCCGCGUAACAACAACAGAAAACCUAAAGGCAAAGGAGGACCCGAUAAUAGCAAGUUUAAGUACAGAGGUGUUAGGCAACGUAGCUGGGGGAAGUGGGUCGCCGAGAUCCGUGAGCCACGUAAACGCACCCGCCGAUGGCUUGGUACAUUUGCAACCGCCGAAGAUGCGGCACGGGCCUACGACCGCGCUGCCGUUAUCCUCUACGGUUCCAGAGCUCAACUCAACCUCCAGCAACCGUCAGUAGACGGUAAUAGCACUGCCACAGCGGCAGCCGCCGCCACUACGUCUGCUUCCUCCUCCCCCCGUGGCGCUGGCAGUGGCAGUGGUAGUUCUACUUCAGCUUCUAAGACUCAGACCCUCCGGCCGAUACUCCCACGGCCUGCGUCUUUCAAUCUCACCUUUUCACCAUCUCAAACGACGCCGUCCGGGGUGCCCAUUUUGGCUAAUUAUGUACCUUACCCGUUUUACCCUACCGUACACCAUAGUACGAAUUCUGGUGAGAAUAUAGUACAAUAUGCAAUGCAACUUGUACAACCAUAUCAGUACUUAGCUUACCCCAAUUUGAAUAAAAUCAAUGUCGUUGAGGGAGAGGACCCCACUUUAAGAAUGACAACAACAUCAACUACAACCUCGUAUGAUCCGAACGCAAACCCUAACCCUAGAAACAAGGAUUGCCAACGGGAACAAUUACAACCGGUGCAACAAUGUCAAAAGCAUCGACCAACGAAGGAGGAGAUUAAUUCGUUGGUGGGUUCAGUGGGAUCAAGUCUUUCACUUGUGUCCAACUCGCCGCCGACAAUGAUGGCGGGAACUUCGGUUUCCGAUCCCACUUCGGUGGCCGGCGGUAAUCCAUCGUCGCCUUCUUUGUGGGCUGCGACAAAUGACGAUGAGUACCCUCCACCCAGUAUAUGGGACUAUGGAGAUCCGUCAUUUGAUUUUUGAAGCUUUUCAAGUUUCCGGUAGAAGAAUUGAAAUAAUGUGAUUCGAGUUUUCACAAUGGUGUUGGAUUGAAGACUUCUGGGGAAUUGAAUAUGGUUUUAAUUGCAUUUAUUCAAUUUGGGGUUUUUUUGAUUACAUGUUAUGAGCAAACAAGUCUGAUAAUCAAAGAGUUAGGAUUUAUAUGAUCUUCCCAGUGAAGAUUUAAUAUAUUUCGUCUCAUUGUUUGGAAAGGUAAGCCGAUCGAGUUUUCGUUUUCAAGUGAGUUCAUUUAUUUGUUAAUCUAUCGAGUACUUUAUUAAAUUUAGAGUUGUUAAUUAC